UAUUUGUGUUUUCUCUUCAUGUUUCCAGAACCCAUUCGCUUUGCAUACCUUUCUUCCAUCCAAUUACUUCUUGUUAUACUUAUAUAUGAUAAUAUUUUUUAUUCCACCAUCAACAACUACUAUAACCAAACCCUACCUAGUUUCUUCUUUUUCUCUGUUUUCUCAACCAAACCAACCUUUCUGCACUUCUUUCUUUCACUCUCCAUACCACUCUGCUCUUCAAUUUAGUUUUGGGGUUUUUUUGGAGGCUCUGCUUCUAGGCCUUGCCUGCCCAAAAACAUAAUAAAGGAAUCCAUUUCAAUCGCAACCGAGACGGGGAUGUUGCAGCUGUUCUUCACAAUUGCUUUCUCUGCGGCGCCGUUGACUCUAUAUGUCCCGCCUGUGAGGAGUUUGAAUCUCUUCGUAGAGACCAUGGAGGAUCUGGCAAGGGAGUCGCGGGUGUAUACCCACAGGCUUUACCCACGUGCACGCUUCGUCUGGUCUAGGCUCUUGGAUUGCAUGCUUUGCAACUUGAGUUUAGAUUAGAGUUGGCUGUGUUGUGCUGUGCCAUCUCCUAACCCUACUUUAAUCAUUAGAUCUCUUUCAGUGUACAUAUGGAAUUUUGGUUUCUUUUGCCUCUCUGGCCGUGUGACAAAGGCUUUUCUUAUUGCCAGGAAUAGAAGUCAAAAGCAUUCUUUUGGUGGUUCCAUAUAUGUUUCUUUGUGUUGUAUAUAUAUCUUCGCGGGAUCCAUAGAGUGAUUGGUGAGUGUUAUUUAAAGUUUAUGCUAUCAACCCUUUUUAUUUUAAUCACUAGUCUAUAUGAAAUUCCCCAGGGUUAGGGUUUUGAUGUAAUUUUUGUAUCUGCUUGUGAUGGGAUUCUGAAAUUUGAUAAUGUAUCUGGGUUUGUCCGUUUCCUCAUUAACCUUUGUAUCAACUUCAAUUAUCAAUCUCACUUCCAACAAUAGGAAACCCCUCCACUUGACUUCAAAUUGGACGCUGAAUCCCCAUUCGACGCUAAAUUUGCAGUCAAGCUGAGGUGGAUUCAUUACGGUUAA